CGGGGCCCGGCCCGGGGCGGGGCGCUGCAGCCCGCCGAGCCUCCCGCCCUCCCGGGCUGGGGUCGCGCUGGCUCGGACUCCCCUCCCCGCCUGCCUUGGCCAUGGAGGACGAGCGGAAGGACGGAGCCUACGGAACUCCACAGAAGUAUGACCCCACCUUCAAAGGACCCAUUUACAACAGGGGCUGCACAGACAUCAUUUGCUGUGUGUUCCUCCUCCUGGCCAUCGUGGGCUAUGUGGCUGUAGGGAUCAUAGCUUGGACCCAUGGGGACCCUCGAAAGGUGAUCUACCCUACUGAUAGCCGAGGCGAGUUCUGUGGGCAGAAGGGCACGAAAAAUGCGAACAAACCCUACCUAUUUUAUUUCAACAUUGUGAAGUGUGCCAGCCCCCUGGUCCUGCUGGAAUUUCAGUGUCCCACCCCCCAGAUCUGCGUGGAGAAAUGCCCUGACCGAUACCUCACCUUCUUGAGUGCUCACGCAUCCCAGGACUUUGAGUAUUACAAGCAAUUCUGUGUGCCUGGCUUCCCGAACAGCAAGAGUGUGGCUGAGGUGCUUCGGGAUGGCGACUGCCCCGCUGUCCUCACCCCCAGCACACCCUUGGCCCGGCGAUGCUUCCCAGCCAUCCAUGCCCACAAGGGGGUCCUCAUGGUGGGCAAUGAGACUACCUAUGAGGAUGGGCUCGGUGCUCGGAAAAACAUCACAGAGCUGGUGGAAGGCGCCAAGAAGGCCAACGGGGUCCUGGAGGCGCGGCAGCUGGCCAUGCGGAUAUUUGAAGAUUACACAGUCUCCUGGUACUGGAUUGUCAUAGGCCUGGUCAUCGCCAUGGUGAUGAGCCUCCUGUUCAUCGUGCUGCUCCGCUUCCUGGCUGGCAUUAUGGUCUGGGUGAUGAUCGUCAUGGUGAUUUUGGUGCUGGGCUAUGGAAUAUUUCACUGCUACAUGGAGUACUCGCGACUGCGUGGUAAGGCCGGCUCUGACGUCUCCCUGGUGGACCUUGGCUUUCAGACAGACCUCCGAGUGUACCUGCACUUGCGGCAGACCUGGCUGGCCUUCAUGAUAAUUCUGAGCAUCCUCGAGGUUAUUAUCAUCUUGCUGCUAAUAUUUCUACGGAAGAGAAUUCUCAUCGCCAUUGCACUCAUCAAAGAAGCCAGUAGGGCUGUGGGAUACGUGAUGUGCUCCAUGUUGUACCCACUGGUCACCUUCUUCUUGCUGUGCCUUUGCAUCGCCUACUGGGCCAGCACUGCUGUCUUCCUGUCCACUUCCAAUGAAGCCGUUUAUAAGAUCUUUGGUGAUGUCAACACCUGUCCUGUUGUUGGGAAAACCUGCAACCCUGAGACCUUCCCCUCUUCCAAUGAAUCCCGCCUGUGCCCCGGUGCCCACUGCCAGUUUGCCUUCUAUGGAGGUGAGUCGGGCUACCACCGGGCCCUGCUGGGCCUGCAGAUCUUCAAUGCCUUCAUGUUCUUCUGGCUGGCCAACUUCGUGCUGGCUCUGGGACAGGUCACCUUAGCUGGGGCCUUUGCCUCCUACUACUGGGCCCUGCACAAGCCAGAUGACCUGCCUGCCUUCCCACUCUUCUCUGCCUUCAGCCGGGCACUCAGGUACCACACAGGCUCCCUGGCCUUUGGUGCCCUCAUUUUGGCCAUUGUACAGAUCAUCCGAGUGGUGCUGGAGUACUUGGAUCAGCGCUUAAAAGCUGCGGACAACAAGUUUGCCAAGUUCCUCAUGACCUGUCUCAAAUGCUGCUUCUGGUGCCUGGAGAAGUUCAUCAAAUUCCUCAACAGGAAUGCCUACAUCAUGAUUGCCAUCUAUGGCACCAAUUUCUGCACCUCAGCCAGGAAUGCCUUCUUCCUGCUCAUGAGAAACAUCAUCAGAGUGGCUGUCCUGGACAAAGUUACCGACUUCCUCUUCCUGUUGGGCAAACUUCUGGUUGUGGGUAGUGUGGGAAUCCUGGCUUUCUUCUUCUUCACCCAUCGUAUUAGGAUCGUUCAAGACACAGCACCGCCUCUCAAUUAUUACUGGGUCCCUAUACUGACAGUGAUCAUCGGCUCCUACCUGAUUGCCCAUGGCUUCUUCAGCGUCUAUGGCAUGUGUGUGGACACAUUGUUCCUCUGCUUCUGUGAGGACCUGGAAAGGAAUGACGGCUCUCAGGAGCGACCCUACUUCAUGUCGCCUGAGUUGAGAGACAUCCUGUUGAAGGGGAGUGCGGAGGAGGGGAAGCGAGUGGAAGUCGAGGAUGGAGGACCUGGAGAGGAAUGAUGGCUCGGCCGAGAGGCCUUACUUCAUGUCUUCCAACCUCAAGAAGCUUUUGAACAAGACCAACAAGAAGCUGGCGGAGUCCUAAAGGCCCUGUCUUUCCCCACCUCCCUGGAAAAUCUCAUUCUGGGUGCUCGGCAGCAGGGUCAGAACCCCCAGCCCAUUGGGCUAACCUGAAGUCCUGUCACUGCCAUCCCCCAUCAUCCAAUUACCCCAGUUUCCAGGUACAUGGAGGAUUUGUGGCAUCUUUUCCCCAUGCCAAGGGGCAGUUGGUCUUUUCAUGGCGGCCCCCCCAAGACUGCACAAUGAGUAACUCCAGCCCUCACUGGCCUGGAUAGGGAGAAGUCCCCAUGAGGGCUCUUGAUGUGUCUGGCAUGCGAUGGAGCCCAACCUCUGUGGGCUGUUUCAAGCUUCAUGUUCCAUCUUAUGGUUUGACUGGUGUUUGUGUCUGCGGGAGCGGUGGCCACAGUAAGCUCCGGUUCCUAAAGGCCCCGUUCACUUGUGUCUGCUCAAGCCAGGACAGCCUCUUCUCCAUAGCUGAACAACUGGCUCACAGACCACCACAUGCAUUUCUUUAUUAUUAUUUUAAGUUGGACAUGCGUUAAAGCGUCUAUUAGCUUUUUUCUGUCUGUCUCAACAGUUGAGAUAGGGCCACAGAGGAGUGCCUUCCGUUUGUCUGGCAUGGCUGGGGUGGGAGUGCGUGCCCAGGUGGGGGUGUCUCCUGGCAUGGGAGGCAGCAGCAGGCCCUCUGGAUGGGAGAUGAAGAGGGAGACUAUUCUGGGAGGCCGCUGGGAGCAGGAGGGAGGAGACUGCUAAUAGUUGCCUAAUGGAAACCUGCUGGCUGGCUAGAAGAGCUGGGCUGAAUUCCGCCCCUUCUCCUCCCCUCCUCUGCUAGUUAUUGACACAGCUCUCUUUGUAAGAGAGAAAAGAAAACUGAAUCCACCCAAGGGAUGAUUUCAGGGGAAGGAGUGUGGGGCAGAUGCCACAGGCACACCAGGCCCCUGUGCCCAGUCACCUCAUCUUGAGGAUCCUUUUGCCAAAUUUGUUGAAUUUGGGACCUGGUCUCCUGGUUCCCCCUUCACCAUAUCCGAAGGCCCCUGAAUUCAUGUCUUUGCUCAUCAGCACCAGGAUCUCCCACGUUCCAGGAUCCUGGAGAGGGAGAAAUCCCUGCCUGGGGUCUCUGUGUCCUGUGCCUGUUGCCAGCCCUCCCACCCCCGUUCUGUCCACACACCCCUGCGUGUAACUGCAUUCCAACCACUAAUAAAGUGCCUAUUGUACAGAG